AUGUCCAAGAAAUUAACUAAAAAAUUAACUAAAAAGAAAAGUAAACGUCCUAUGAUACCUCCACCAAUUAUCACGAUAACGGAAGCUGUAUCCAUUCAAGAUAAUAUGUCUGUAUCAAACAUCUCAACAUCUGAAGCAAAAAAGAAUAAUAAGAAAGAAAAGAAACUAUUAAAUCCAGGUAUUAAUUAUGCUUUUUGGUCUUUUUUAUUUACUCUUUAUUUUAAAAAUAUUUAA